AUGGAACCAUAUUGUGGCGAGCGGUCGUCGGAGAAGCAUGCCAACUCGGUCGCUUACCUCGACCUUAUGCUAACCAGUCAAGAUACGUCGCAUGUGAGCAACCGCAAGAAGGCUCAGGGUCUUGGUCCUGAAAUUACUCACAGGAAAGACAAAGGAAUAUGGAUUAUAAAGGAGUGUCCCUCAGGUAUGGAGUACGACGAGGUAGCCAUGACCUGUGUGCCGAAGUCGCAGUUACAGAUCCGGCAGCGUUCGUACUCUCGCUCGAAGCUGUCGCUCAUGAUCAGUCCCAACGUAUUCUGUCCUUGCUCCGGCAUGGUUUGCAUCUGCAGCCAACCUCAGGUCGUUCAACCGAUCAUGUCCUCGACCGCGUGUUACGGAAUCUCGUGCACGUUCCAGCAGCAGAUGCAAAUGCAGACGUUCCCCAUUUACCAGCCAAUGUCAUGCGUGAACGUACCGAUGAUGACGUACAACGUGCGGAUUGGGCAGAUUUGCAAUUGGAUCGGGGCACCGCUGGUUCCGUGCUACAACAACCCCAGCUGCUACAUGCAAUGCAUGCCAUCGUCGUCCUCCUGCGGCACGUGGAUGCCGACGCAGUGCCCGUACAACAUGGUGUUCAACAUCGUCACUCAGCUGUGCGUCUAUCAAACUACGACCAUAUCCGGAUAUUCGUCCGGUCCGUACGGCUACCAGAACCCGUACAUAUUCCGACGUUCGAUGUCUGUGAACAAAGACCUGUCGAAGUCAACGGCCGACGACCAGAACACGAUUGUCACGUGCAUGGCGGAUGAUGUCUACGGUCCGUGUAACGCCAACCGUGAGUGCCCUGGCUUCGCCACCUGCGUAUGGGUUCCCUCGAACGCCACGACGGCAAAGGAUUCACGAACGAUAACUGGUCUCAGCGGCAGUCAGAAACAUCAAGUUUUGGCGGAAGUUCAGAACCAGUCGUUGGGACAGUUCGUUUGCUGCCACACGUCGAAUCCGUCUUAUUGGUAG